AUGCCGUCAACCCUCUCCCCCACCACACCCCUCAUCCUGGACGGCGCCCUGGCGACCGAGCUCGAAGCACGCGGCUUGUCGCUGACAACGCGCCUCUGGUCCGCCGCCGCCCUCGCCUCGCCAGACUCGGCCGCCGCCAUCCGCGCCGUGCACGCAUCCUACUACGCCGCCGGCUCGACGGUAGCGACGACGGCCUCGUACCAAGCCUCGCUGCCCGGUCUGCGCGCCGCCGGCUACGGCGACGCAGAAGCGAGGGCGCUGGUCAAGAAGAGCGUGGACGUGGCGAAGGAGGCUCGGGACGGAGAGAAGAAGAGCAGUGGAUCGCUGCUGGUCGCUGGGAGCGUCGGGCCUUACGGCGCUUUCCUGGCCGAUGGCUCAGAGUACACGGGCCGCUACGCGCUGAGCGUGACCGCGUUCAAGGAUUUCCACCGCGAGCGCAUCGCCGUGCUGCUCGAGGGCGGCGUCGAUCUGUUGGCGCUGGAGACGAUGCCGAAUCGCGUCGAAAUCGAGGCGCUCGUCGAGUUGUUGAGAGAGGAGUUUCCGGACGCGAGGGCGUGGCUGGGCGUGACCGUUCGCCGGAGGAGGGAGGCGCUUAAGGGUGGGGCAGUUGCUGCCGUGGAAGAAGCGGUUGUGGAAUUGACGAGGGUGGAAACGGGUGGCAGUUUGGCUAAGGACGAGGGGUCAUUGGAGGGGGAGCAGUUGGUGCUGAGUGAUGGAAGCGGGCUGAAGGGUGUAGGUGAAUUAGUGAGGCACAGCGAGCAGAUUGUCGCCGUGGGUGUGAACUGCGUUCCGCAGGAUUCGGUUGUGGAGGCUUUGACGGGCUUAAGGGAGGGCGCAGGCGAAAAGGCGUGUGUCGUUUAUCCGAACAGCGGUGAGGUGUGGGACGCUGUGGAAAAGGUAUGGAGAGAGGGAGAUAAGUUGGAGGGCAAGGCGUUGGAGGAUAGGGUGAAGGAUUGGUGGAAGGAUGGUGCAAGGUGGAUUGGUGGGUGUUGCCGAAUGGGGCCGAAGGACAUCAAGGUGAUCAAGGAGGUUGUAGAGAAGCUGCAAAAGGGAGGCUAA